CAAUAAUCUGCUUUUGAAUUACAAAAUAAAAUAACAAAACGUUUUGUUGAAACCAACCCCCAUUCUUUUUCUGCGUGUGCAUAUUCCUUUAGAAACAAAGUAAAUUUUCUUUCAACCGAAGAAAAAUGUUUUAAACUGAAAAGAAUAAUUUUUGGAAACAAAAACUUCAAACUUAGAAGAUAUUUUGCAUUGACUUGCUAGAAGAACAGAAAACCGAAAAAUCGAAUAAAGUUCGGCCGCUCGUGUUAAAAAUCAAACCAGUGAAUCGGAGUAAGCUAUAAAUAAGGAGGAUUCAGGAUGCAAAAUGGUAAGUUUACAGGACCACGGCCGACGGAUAGAUUUCCAAGUCUCUCGAACAUGGAGAAAGCUGCGCAAAGUAACACCUCCCCAAAUCCCGCGGUCGUAUUUUUUCGGCCCAAUCUUCAACGGCAAUCACCAGUCGGACCAGCCAGCAGCUGGAGUGGCUUUCGGAAGUUUAUUGAUAGGCCCACGGAGAAUGCGAAACUUUGUCAACGAUAUCAAUAUCAACAGGGAGGUAGGAAUGUCGAAAAAAAGGAUGCUACGACCCGGGAUAGCCACCGAAAGAUUCCCGAAGCACGUCCCGGACUCUCUGGCUGUAACCCAUCUGAAAUUCUGACGACCGGCAUGGCAUGGC